GAUGUGACGUAAAAGAUUCGUGGAAGAUUUUGUGGCGUUUGAUGUGUCAAAACAGAGAAUACUUCAAUACAUGUAAUAAUGAAUAUUCUUAAAAAUUGAAAGAAACUAGGUCAAAAUAUCCGUGAUUUUAGUAGUCGACGUAACGGUCUUGUGUUGGAUGACAACACAGAGCAAGUUCAAUGAUAGCCAGACGACGUCGCACCAAUUCUGGAUCUGAAUCAAAACAACAAACUGGAAUAUCCUCACAAACAAGUCAGACAAUUGUUACAGAGCUCCUGAUAGAUACAGAAAUGUCGUGUAGAGAUCGGACCAACGAGUUCUUCUCUGCAGCAAAAUUAUUACAAUCUCGACAGGGAAAUGGAACCUUGGCACAGAAAAGAAACCCAGCAUUACGGCAAAGAAGUGAAUUCACUCAAAUUGCAAAAAAAAUUGGUCGUGACUUGGCAAACACAUUUGCAAAACUGGAAAAACUCACGAUGUUGGCUAAGAAGAAGUCAUUGUUUGAUGAUAAACCUGUGGAGAUUCAGGAGCUGACCUACAUUAUAAACCAGGAUAUACAGGGUCUGAACAAACAGAUAGCACAGCUUCAACAGGUGGCUCGGUCUCAUCCUAACGCCAGACAUGUACAGAGUCACUCCAACUCCGUGGUUGUGUCCUUACAGUCCAAGCUUGCCACCAUGUCAAAUGAUUUCAAACAAGUUCUAGAAGUCAGGACAGAGAAUUUAAAGCACCAGAAAUCUCGAAGAGAUCAGUUCUCAGAAUCCCAGUCAAACCCAACAUACAGCAGCCACAGUUCAAUAUUGUUUCAAGAUGAAAUGAAUCAUUCCCAGGGUGCAGCAGGAGGAGGAGAUGUUGUUCUCAAUAUGGAUGGCAUGGACAAAAAUCGGUUUCAGCAACAGAUGCAGCUGAUAGACCAACAAGAUGAUUACAUCCACGAACGAGCCGACACGAUGAAGAAUAUAGAGACCACCAUUGUGGAGUUAGGGGGUAUAUUCUCACAGCUGGCAACCAUGGUCAAAGAACAGGAAGAAAUUGUACACAGAAUUGACUCUAAUACAGACGACGCUGUUCUGAAUGUGGAAGCGGCACACAGUGAAAUUUUAAAGUAUUUUCAAUCAGUGACAUCCAAUCGAUGGCUUAUGAUCAAGAUAUUUGCUGUUCUAAUUUUGUUCUUCAUUAUAUUUGUUGUAUUCAUGGCAUGAAUAUUCUCCCUCCCUCCAAAAAAAGUGGUCCAUGUCAUCAAAAAUGAUACAGAACUCACUUUCUCUCAUUUGGUAAUAUAUUUAUUUUCUUUGGAAUCACUCGUUCAUCAAUCAAUCAAUUUGUUGGUGCAAUGGAAUCAGAAAAAUUUAUCAUUUACUUUAAAAGCAGACAGGUUUUGUGGUUUAUUGGGGUGGGGGGUUAAAAUGUUUACGUUUUUUAUUAAGGAGUUGUACAAGAAUGACUGAUUGAUUUAUAAACUGACUGGAUUUAUCUCGUCAACACACCCACGUCUAUGAAUAAAUUGAAGUUUUCCAGCAAUGUGAACUAACAAAGUUCAUGUCAUCUAUUACCUAAAAUAUUGAAUGCUUUAAAAACAUUUUUAUUGUCUGAAUGUAGAGAGAAUAUUUAUUAUUAUUUUUUUUAAAUUUCUGGUACUCGCGAAGUUUGUGUAUUAUCAGUGUAAUGUCUUUCAUGAAAUUUUCAACUCCACAUACAUGCACAUGGAUAUUGUGUUAAGAAUAUCAAUAUUGUAUAUUGAUAUCAUUUUGGUCUCACUGUACAAGUACACACUAAUUUUCAACUACAGAAUAUUGAUUAUUGUUGAAAUGUUAUUUAUAGUAAUUAAAACAGUGUUUUAUAAGGUAUUGUUUAUAUUAAACUAAAAAUUUGUUGAAGAAUACAAGUAAUUUUACCUCAUCAAAGAUUUGAUGCAUGAUAAACAGAGAGCAUUAAUUACUAUUGAACUGUCGUCAAGCAAUUGAAGACAACUGAAAAUGUCAUUUUUAUGUAAAAUUGUUGUGUUAUUUUCUCUAUAAGAAUUUUUUUUAAAACCCUCCUUUAUUGUAGGCAUAGUCUCUAAUAAAGAUCUUGGGAUAGUUUUAAACAUUUGCAAGAAUAGUCCUUACAAUAACAAAUCAAAUUACUAUACAUUCACCGUCGUUUUUUCUGAUUGGUUUACUGUUUUUAUUUGUUUAAAUAGUCAGUAUAUGUUUUGAUGUCGGCUACCUUACUCGGUGAACAUCGGUACGUAUUAUCUUGGUUGUUUUGGGGUUUGUCGAUUGUGAAGUUUCAGCAAUGACCCCAGCUUCAGCCUGUGCAUCUCAGAAUGUAGUCAACAGGAUGAACAUUAUUCCUGCUGCUUCAGUAAUUCCUAAAUUAUAAUCAAAACUUAAUGAUUAAUAGGAAUUUAAAAAAUAUCUUAAAUUUCUGCAGUCACACUUUACCCCAAGUACAAUGUAUUUACCAAACUCUGAAAUAGAGACUAUGCCUCUAUAUGGAAUUGUUGCCUAUAUAUAUAUAUAUAUAUAUAUAUAAGAUAUUUUCCACCUACUGAAGAUAUAAAAAAAGAAAUUUUUGCUAUCCUUUUUGUGGGAAGGUGAAUUGAUAAGUUAGAUGACAUUUCAUACCUUAGUGUUUUUGACUAAUGGCAGACAUAACAUGCAUUUUGUGUGUGUACUUGAUGACUUUCUUAUGUUGAAUAUAAGUAAUCUUGUGUUAAACUUUAACUUAUGUUAGAUAUAAUCUUGGACAUUACAAGUUCUACAGAUAGCGAUUUAUCUUGUAAGACUGACAUUUCUAUCUCAUUCUUUUUCAAAAAGAAUUAAAUACAUAUAUUAGAAGAUGAAGUAUGGAAUGACUUGACAAUUGUUACGUAAGGAGACUGUUUUCACUGUACAGCAAUUGUCAUUUGAUAAAGAGUGCAGUACAAUGCAAAAAGACAGAAUUUAACCCCAUGUUGAAUAUAAAGACACUUCUGAUUUUUUUAAGAUAUUGAAAAUCAGUAUUUUAUAGGGAAAUGUUUCCAUUUUAUGAAAGACUUUGUUUUUACUUGUAUAUACUGUAAAUUGUUAAGUGAUGAUGAAUAAAAGGGAAAAAUACUUAA